CCCUAAAAAGUCCCCCUUUAAAAAGCCUUAUUAAAACCCUAUCCACCGAUCCAACUCAAUUUCCACCCACCCAAACCCCCCACUUCAGCUCACACAUCUCUCUCUCUCUCUCUCUUUCCCACUCUCACUCUUUUUCUCCCUCGCCGCUUUCUCUCUCUCUCUCUACAAAACCACCUCUCUCGGUGGUGCCCUUUUUAAACCAAAACACACACACACAAAAGCCAAUGGCGGCGACGGCGGCGGCGUCAUCCGACGUGUCAGAGGGUCCAGUCCUGAACCUAAUCAACAAGCGCCUCCGCGCGCUGCGCAAAAAGCUCAACCGCAUAACUCAGAUGGAAGAAGCCAUCGCCCAAGGCAAACCGAUCAACAAGGAGCAAGAAGAAGUCCUGCGCUCGAAACCCGCCGUCGUAGCUCUCAUCGACGAGCUCGACAAGCUCCGCCCGCCUCUCGCCCAAGCCGUCGCCGAAGAGCUCUCUCUCUCCACUCAGCGCCUCCACCUCUCCCCCUCCGAUUCCGCCGCCGACGACACCGAAACCAACAACGACAUCGACAACAACAUCAACAACAAUUACAAAUCCACCGCCUCCUCCUCCGACGAGCAGAACCGAAACGACGAAUCUGACCUCGGCCUCGUGGAGGAUCUUCUGAAUCUGCUCUACUUCGGCUCGCUCUUCGAUGUGAAGUCUCAGGGAGAUUUCACCGCCACGAUGCUGACGAGGACUCACGAGCGCGGCUGCUGCUUGACCUACGAUUACGUCACCGACGACGCCACCGAUCUGCUCGGCGAGCGGGACCUCGAUUCGAUUUCGCUGCUCGGCGGCUUGUUGAUGUCUCGUCCCGUCGAUUCGAGCUUGUCGCAUAAGAAUGCGUUGUUGCGUUGCAUCGAGCACGCGAAGCUCUGGCUCGCUAAGUCCGAUCGGCCUAUUGAUUCCAAUGCCAACCUUACUUAUUCGGCAUUGAGAGAGAGGCUGAAUAAGAUUAUGGCUUCGGACUAUUUCACCACCUCGCCGGAAAUGAAGGCUCCGGUGGAAGUAGCAGCUGGAAAUUACGCCUCUUUCCAGGUACCGAUCACGGGUCCAACACAGGUGGAGGGUUCAGUUGCUCAGUUCCAGCAUCAGGACCAGGACGCAGGAGAUUUUCAAGGACAGGAAAUUGGUGAUGAUGAAUCCAGUCCUGUGGAUGAACUGCAAAAGGAUGAAGUAGAGACAGAAAGUGCUGCUGAGGUUGUCUCAGGUCAACAUGAACAUAUUCCAUCACAGGCAGAGCUAGAGCAUAAUGAGGUAGAUUCGCAGUCAAAGGCACAACAAUACAAUCCCAGAAGGCCCUAUCAGAACCAAAGAGGUGGGCGUGGCGGUGGUGGGGGUGGCCGUAGGGGUUAUUCCAAUGGUCGUGGAGGUCGGGGCAGUGGCAGGGGAGGCGGACCCUAUCAGAAUGGUCGCAACCAAUAUUAUGAGCAGCCUGGAAAUUAUUAUCCCAGGAACCAUUAUAACAAUAGAGGAAGGGGGGGCAGGGGAGGUGGGCAGUCUUACAACAAUCAUGGUUCAGUCGUUCAAGGUGGCCAUGCCCCAGCCGAUGUUGGGGUUCGUUCAUAACAUAUUCAACCAUUAGAUGUUCAUAUGGUGUUUGUUACUAGCUUUUCUAGGUGGGUGGUGAAAAUGCUUUUUCCCGAAACAUAUAUUUAAUUUGGUUGCUGUUGAUGAAUUCACCAUUCCGGACCACCUUUUUGUAGUUCGGUUAAUGCAGGAUUUUUCUUCAGAA